AUGUGCUCAGUUCUUGAUACUUACGGAAUUUUAUUCAAUCGAGCAAGCAAUAAUAAUAAUAAUCCACGCACGUAUCAUUCUCAAUCGGGACAUUCAAAUCAAUCCGGUAUACAGAAUUCCUGUGAUUCAGAUAAACAAAUGAAAGUAUUGAGCGCUGAUCAUGCUAAAUCUGCACUGACAACCAGUACAAAAUUAGAACCAGAUGAAAAAUCAUGGCAAGAGGAAGUGAAACAUUUGAAAUGUCAGCUUGCCGAAAGAGAAUCAAAGCUUACUGAUGUCCAAUUGGAAGCAUUGGCUAGUGCUCAUCAAGUUGACCAACUACGUGAUGAAAUGUCACGUCUCUAUUCAGAACUGAAAUAUCUUCGAACUGAUAAUGAAAGACUACAGAUAUUAGUAUCUCAUUUACAAGAUAAUCAGAAAAUUCUCCUCAGUAAUAAUAAUAAUAAUAGCAAUAAUAAUAACACCAUGGUAACGCAUAGUCAACAGACUGCUAUCAUGUGUAAUUCCUUGCCACAAACUAAAAUGUCAAGAAAUAUUAAAAAUGCUGCUAUCAAUAGAUCAUUGGAUAUUGAUUGUACAGUGUUGGAUAACAAGUUGCUGGAUGACAGACAGUCAACUGUUUCAAAGUCUGCAAUCGAAGAAGGCGUGAAUAGUAGUUCAAAUCUAUUCAUUGGACUUCCUGAAAUGACUAACAAUUCAGAAUCCUUAAUUGCUCUUGUAAGCUUUGCUUUAAACCCUUCUGAAGAUACUGACCACAAAAAUAAUGAAUCCUGCAUCUCUGAUAUCAAAGUUAAUUCAACAUUUAAUAUUGGUAUCAUUGAAUUAAGUAAAUUACAAACAUGGAAAUCAUUAAAUCGCUUACUUAUCAAUCUAUUUGAAUGUUAUACACUUUAUUUAAAUUUAAAUUGUCCGCAUGAUAUACAAGUUAAUGAAUUAAAACAAUAUUGUAUGCAUGUGAAUGCUUUAAACUGUACAUGGAAAUUUCAUUUUGCCAACGAUACAACAAGUCAAUCAGCUCAGUUAAAUGAUGAUAAUGAUUGUCCAUUUGAAAACCCUCAAAAAUUGAAUGAAUUACUUCAAAGUCAUUCAAAUAAUUAUCAAACAAUUGUUCAAUUAUCUAUUGAACAAUUCCCUAUGGAGCGAAGAUUAAAUUCAAAUGAGGCAGACGUUUAUCAUGAUGAUGAUGAUGAUGAUGAUAUUGAUGAGAAUUUAUUGAAUACAUCAAAGAAUUUUAAUAAUUUCAUUAUGAAAACUUUAUUAAAUCGAGAUAUUUUAUAUUUUUAUUUAAAAUUAUUUCUUACAUAUCAUUUUAUUAUAUUCUAUGGUAAUGAUGAAAUAUUUAUGGAAACUAUUAGUCAAUCAAUAUGUGAUUAUAUUUGCACCACAGUAAGUAGUACAUCAGUGAAAGUUUCCCGCUUCAAUUUUUCUGAUGGACUGCAUACAGUGGAUCAAUUAAUCGAUUGUAUAACUCAAUAUAUCAAUGAUUCAAAACAAUUGACAGCUGAUAACACGAAUGAACAGUCAUCUAACUGGUGGUUGAUUCUAUUCAUUGAGUCAAUGCAUCAAAUUUCUCAAGAGCAAUUAUCUCAGAUUAUUAACUGCCUUAAAACUGUGCAUUCCAAGCAUUCAGAAGAGGAGACGACUAAGAGUUGUCGAAUCUAUCUAAUUGGACUAUGGAUGGAAACAACAUCACUGCCAAUCUGUCUUGAAAAUCCUUCAAAAUCGGCAUCACCAUCGCCAUCGUCGUCGACAUCAACGCACACAAUCCCCUAUCCAGAGAGUUAUCAUUUCUACACUCCUGUACACUGUGUCGACAAAACAUUCUGUUGGAUUAAGUCAGAGCAUUCACUGAGUCGUCUACACCUGAUACGUUAUUUGAAAAGGCAACUUGUACAUUCAUUGGUAGAGAAAUUUCAAUGUCAACAAUAUAUGCCAACAUUAUCAAAUCCCAUGGUGUUUUCUCAAAAUCACCUGGAAAUAUUUUUAUAUCAAAUUCAAUAUUUUGAAGAUCUUAUCCAAUGGAUUGAACAAGUUUGUGUUCGUGUCGAUCAAUUUCUAAACGAUGUACAAAACUCUGAUGAAAAUUCAACCACCGAUCAUCGUCAUCAUCACCACCAACAUUUCCUCAAUCCAUCAAUAUUUCUAAACCUUCCUUUCAAUGAUCCUGUCAACUGUGAAUCUUGGUUUGUCGAUAUAUGGAAUAAAGUAAUAGCAGAAUUAGUUCAAAAGAUUUUCACAUCCUUGAAAAGUAGUCAUAACGCUUCAAGCUACGCGAGUCUUUCAGAUCCAACAGAAUGGGUUCUAUCCACAUGGCCAUGGCAUAAAACUGAUGUUGCGAAACUUUCAAGUGAAGCAAAUCGCCUAGGCAGACAGUCUACAUCACUCAUCCGAUUUACAGAAUUCUAUCAAACUUGAGAUGAAACAGCUUUAAACAGAAUUUUUGACUAUUUAAUUUUAGACUACUAACAAGUGGUAAUACGGAAAUUGUCGAAAUUAUUGUCGACACCUCUACUCAGACAGAUGGACUGGUAGACACACACACAGAGAGAGCUUCGCGUGAUCUAUUCUAAUGAGCUUUCUAUUCUUCUCCGAAUGUGUUUACGACAAUCAAGUUGUAUAAUUUGUCUGUAAAUAUGUGUACAUUAAUUAAUUAAUUUUUAACACAAAUUAUGAUCAGAAAACACUCCCACUUCCCACAUUUUAUUCAACGAGAAUUACACAAUAAAAGAACAGAUGAAUUUUCUGUCUAUAUUAGAGAAAUCAUAUUAUAUGUAUCGAUAUUAACUGGCCUGAACAAUUGGAGAACAGUCGGAGAGAGAGAAAGAGAUUGGAAAUCUCUAGUUGGUUUGAUUGUUUACCCGCCUUUUUUUCCCAUGCAUCACACAUGUCAAUAUGCAGAAAUAAGACAAAUUUGUAUGAAUGUUUGACUUCUUCUUUUCUGGUUACGUAAUUAAAGCCUUUCUCAGACAAGCUGGAAGACUCUGAUUGGACAUUAGUCAGAAACUAGUGGGAUGUGUCUAGUCUUUGGCGUUAGUGCAG